AUGGUCAUGGAAUCCGAAUCCGAGUAUUUCUCUCCCUACAGGUCUGACGGGAAGCUGUACGGUUUCGUCUGCGUGGUCACCUCGGCCAAUCAACCCAUAGGCCAAGCCAUCGCAACAGAACUCGCAGGUACUAUCUCCACCCCAUCCCAAGCCUCAAAAGCUCCAAAUAAACUCACAUCUUUCUUUCCUUUCUCCCCAACAGCCCACGGCGCAGCCUGCAUCUACACGUGCACGCAGACGGACCAAUCCUCCGGCCUGUCCGACUCGCUCUCGAAGCUCUACCCGAACACGAAGAUCAUCGACUACCCGUACUCCAUCUCGUCCGAAUCCGACACGCUGACCCUGCUCGACGAAGCGCUCAACGCCUGGGGCCGGCUCGACAAGUGCUUCGAAGCCAACUCGAUGGCGCCCUUCUUCGCGCUCAAAUACGCGCCGCCCGCCAUGGCCAAGACGACGCCCAAGGGCAACUACGCCAACGCCGCGCCCAAGGACCGCGAGUACGGCAGCAUCAUCGUGGUCAGCAGCACCGCCAGCACCUACGGCGGCUGCUGGGGCCCCUGCUUCACCAUGUCGUCGCACGCCGCCCUCGGCGUGGUGCGCGCCGGCGUCGCCGUCCUCAAGGGCACCGGCGUGCGCAUCAACUGCAUCAGCCCCGGCCAGAUCGACGUCGGCGUCGAUCUCAAGGCGCUCGACACGCGCGCCAUGAACGCCCAGCUCCCGCCCGCCGAUCUGCAGAGCGUCGACGUGCAGAAGGCCAAUAUCGGCCUCGAGAGGGCCGGCCAUCCCGCCGAGGUCGCCAAGGUCGCCGGCUUCCUGGCGCCAGCGGCUUCAGCAGCUACAUCACCGGCCAGAACCUCGUGGUCGAUGGUGGCGCCGGCACCAUGUGCCCCGUCAUGGUGCCUGUUUGAUGGUUCCUUAAGGCAUCGUAGGCUAGUGAUGGUGGUUCCCCCCUGUGCGACUCGGGGCUCUGCGACCGUAACAAUGUAG